CCCAGUCUCUGGGCUACAAGAGGUGCCCCUGGAGCAGCUGCUGCCGCUGCUGCUGCUGCUUCAGGGGCCGUGAGUGCCUGGGCCAGGAACAUGGAUCUCUCGUUGUACCUGUGCGUGGGACUGUUGGUGCCUUUGGUGGCCCCGCUGGACUUCAAGUAUCAUCACCAGGAAGAGAUGGAAGCUUUUUUGAAGAAUGUUGCCCAAACCCACGAUUCUAUAACUCAUUUACACAGUAUUGGGAAAUCGGUGUCAGGUAGAAACCUGUGGGUUAUCGUUGUGGGAAGGUUUCCAAGGGAACACAGAAUUGGGAUUCCAGAGUUCAAGUACAUCGGUAACAUGCAUGGGGAUGAGGUUGUAGGACGAGAGUUACUCCUCCAUCUGAUAGACUACUUGGUUAGCAAUGAUGGAAGGGAUCCUGAAAUCACCCGCCUGAUUAAUAACACUCGGAUACACAUCAUGCCUACUAUGAAUCCAGAUGGAUUUGAAUCUAUCGAAAUACGUGACUGUUAUUCCUCAGAUGGCAGGUUCAAUGAAAAUCAAUUUGAUCUAAAUAGGAAUUUUCCUGAUGCUUUUGAAAACAAUUCUGAGGUGAGACAGCCCGAAACUCUAGCCAUCAUGAAGUGGCUGAAAUCGGAAUCAUUCGUUCUCUCUGCUAACUUACACGGUGGAGCUUUGGUGGCCAGUUACCCGUUUGAUAAUGGCGUCGUAGCAACCGGGACAAAUCGGGGCCAUAGCCUAACCCCAGACAAUGAUGUGUUUGAGUACCUGGCAUAUACCUACUCUUCAAAGAAUCCCAAAAUGAGCCAAGGAGACGCCUGUGACAAUAUGAAUUUCCGCAACGGCAUCACGAAUGGGUUCACGUGGUACCCACUCAAAGGAGGGAUGCAGGAUUACAACUACAUCUGGAGCCAGUGCUUUGAAAUCACACUGGAGUUGUCAUGCUGCAAAUAUCCACCAGCUGAAGAUCUCCCAAGCUUCUGGAAUGAUAACCGAAACUCACUCAUCAGCUACAUGAAACAGGUUCAUCUAGGUGUUAAAGGUCAAGUUUUUGAUGUGAAUAAAAACCCAAUAGCCAAUGCAAUAGUGGAAUCUACUGACAGAAAACAUAUCUGCCCAUACAGAACCAACAGAUUUGGAGAAUAUUUUCUUCUUCUUUUGCCUGGCUCCUAUACGAUAAAUGCUACAGUCCCAGGACAUAAGUCAAUCCUAAAGGAAGUGACCAUCCCGGACAACAUGCAGAACUUCAGUGCACUUAGAAUGGACUUUCAUUUCCCAUUCCAAGUGAAAUCACAUAAUACAACCACCCGGCUUUCGUGUUCUGAAGUUCCUCUUUACAUGUAUUUGGAAAAUCACUCUGAAAGACUGAAAUCACAUUUUAUCUUAUUUUUAAUGACUUUUGUAUCUCUCUUUUAUAUAAAAUAAAAAUGAAAACAACACCAACCCACUCCACCCUCCUUCCAAGAUGUGUAAUGAACUCAUCCCUUCAAGCCAAGCCACCUCAACCUUGCUGACGUUCUGUCUUGUUGCCACAGAGUUUCCCUAAGAGGGGAGUCAUUCUUUCCCAGGGGUCUGGAUGUUCCUGAAUCAUUCAAACUAGGUGGAGAACUGAGAGCACCCAGUUCAGCCUAGUCAUGCCCAUAAUGGUGCUACUUAGAAAUUCCAGAGUGAACUAUUAGUUACUUGUGAAGGGGGAUCUGAGAACAGCAGGUCUUCCCUGAGCCUAUGGUUCCAUGGUGCCCCCUGAGCUAGGCAGGGUUUGGGGGAGAUUGGAAUCAUCUCCUAGUCUAUUGAAUCUGCCUAAGGUCUUGACCAUCGGUCAUCUGGACUGUCAAAUGUAUUUAUUUUUAUCUUGUACAUUGGGGCUCUCACCUCUGAAUGACCUCUCAUUCUUCAGCCUUUAGGACAGGACUUUUUAACUUGGUCAACAGAUAUCCAAGAAGCCCAUGGAUCAUUUUGGGAAGGUCCAUGAACUUGAGACUAGAGGAGGGGGGUUAAAUAGUUUCAUCAAACUCUAGCUGAAAUUACCUCUACUUUUUAAGAUGGAUUAUUCUGAAAAGAAAAAAAAUUCUAUAUGUUGAACUGAUGGCAAAAAUGAUCCAUAACACACACACACACACACACACACACACACACACACACACACACACACACAAAGAUUUAAAACCCCUUUUUGAGAACAAUCAGUCGUAGCAGUCCAAUCUAUUAAGAGCUUGAUUCUGCCCUUCUUCAUUUCCACUAGCAUGUGAGUUCUUUGGGGAGGAAAAUGUUUAAUUUGGGAAAGCUAAGGGGGAAAGGGGAAUUGGGUUGUUCAUAAGGAUGCUCAAGGUUAUUAGUGGAGCUCAACCAUGCCCAAAGGCCACCUGGAAAGCGUGUAUAAACCUUUCAGAAAUAAAGGAAGAGAGGAAGGUCCAUGGUGCUAGCUACUUCCACUGCUACCUCUUAGAACUGCUGCUAGGCUUGAAGUCAUCUUGGGAAAUUACCAAGCUUAAAAAUUAAUAAGUACAGAGUAGUUCCUACAAUGGGAAAAAAAUGGAACCCACUUUGCACAAUAAAUGGAACUCCCAAGUGAAUUCAUACGUAUGACAUCAAAAUAAAUAUUUAAGGUUGCAUCUACUAUAAGGUCUUGUGCUAGGGGCUAAGGCUGAUGGUGCAAGGAUACAGGAGGUUUUUAUUGGCAGGACUUAGAAGAAUGAAUGCUAGAGUUGUGGGUCAAAAUUUCAAGUGACUUUGGCUGGCUAGACCAGAGGGAAAUAUGGAAGCAGACAUUGGCAAGAUGACCAGUCAGUACUUCAAGGUAAGACUAGACACUGUCAGUUCUUUCUAAUGACCGGUCGUCAGCCUUUUCUUUCUGAGUGCUUCCAAUAGAUUCUUCCUCUGCCCUCCCAGGAUUCGCUUCUCCUCCUUGGCAUCUUAAAAUUAAGGAGGUCAGAAAUUCUGGCAGAGGAUAGACAGGUCAUUUGGAGGGUGUAGAAAAAUAUCCAGUGCAAGGAAUUAAUGCCAGUGCUGGUGCUAUGAGGAAAGGAGUGUGAGCAUUCACCGCUGAAAUGACAGAGGGUCUAAAUGCCCAAAUGGAGCCAUACUUGAGUAGGAUUUCGGUCCCUACUCAGAAGCUGUGUAGGAUCCUGGAUCAUCUUAUGGAGACAAGUCCAGGAUAUCUCCAUUCGCUAGCAACCCAGUUGUAGAAUGUGCUUAUAUUUAAGUCAGUAAAUAAAUCUCAAAAUUUACUGAACCAAACAUUGUCAUUAUUAUUAUUAUUAUUAUUAUUGGUGCUUUUAAACUCAUAUAUUGCUACUAGUACCAUUGUGAUUCAUUUGAUUGAAAAGGAUAGCUACAUAAACCAAAUCUCUGUAAUAAGCAAUACUCAAUACAACAAAAUAUAAGUGUGAAAAUUGUAUCGUUCUGAAUAUAGAUUUGUAUAAAACUUGAGUGUGGCCCAUAAUUGGUGUUGUUCUUCAUUGCAGACCAGUGUAUUUUUUUUAAUUCUUAAUAUCAAUUCUUUUAAGUCUGAAAAGCAAUAAAAGACUAAGCAACUGGAGUUAAGUGACUUGCCCAGGGUCACACACCUAGCAAGUGUCUGAGUCCAUAUUUGAAACCCAGGACCUCCUGACUGCCCACUGUCCACAUAACCACCCCUAGUGUCUUUCCAACGAGAUUUCUGUUUGGAGGUAUGUUCGGUGUUCAUAGGAGCUGGUGGUUUUUCUUAGCAUUGCCUCCACUAUGGAAUUUUAUCUUUUGGGUUCAUGUGGAAUUCUCAUAAAAAAUGAGAAUACUUGCCACUUAUGGGAAGCCUGGCAGCCUCCAAGAAGCUCAAUACCUAAGGUGAAUUACCUUAAUUGUUCUUGUCUGAUUGGAAAGUGCUCAAAAGCCAUAGAGACUGAAAUUGUCUUGAAUCCAAAAAAAAAAAAAUGGACCACAUAAUAAUCACCUAAUAGCCCAAGAGAGGUAAUUUGCUCCUCUAUGAAUCUCUACUCGAGUAUAGAUUAGUCAUUCUGCUUCACCAUGAAAUGAAUCACAAAGAUUCAAGUUUUGUCCAACAAAGCUAAUUUUCCCCAGUUUUUCCUACCAUACUACAUGGUAGUUAGGACAGUGAGGUGGCACAGUAGAUAAAGCACUAGCCUUGUAAUUAGAAAACUCAUGAGUUCAAAUCCAGCCUCAGCUGUGUUGAUUCAGGGCAAGUUACUUAACCUUGUUUGCCUCAGUUUCCUCAUCUGUAAAAUGAACUGGAGAAGGAAAAAUGGUGAACCACACCAGUAUUUUUGCCAAUAAAAUCCCAAAUGGGCUCAUGAAGAGUUGGACAUGACUGAACACAUAAGGCAGUUAAUCAACAUGAUGAGAACAACUGUUAUCAUUGCCAUUUUCUUCCCAUUUAUUUAAACCAAUAGAAGGGAAAUACAUAUACAGACAAUUCUUUAAAGUUUAUUAUACUUGUAUUUACAAUAUGAUAUUAAAUGUCAAGGCACACAAUUUGUAAAGUAUUCUUAAAGGUUGUGAUGGAAUUAACUGAAUGUUUUGAUGCUUUGUUUUUAUAUGAAUCUUGAAAGCCUGUGGCAAUUAAAUUGAUUGUCAUUCUAUAAAAUAUGUAUUACUUAA